GACUACCUGUUCAAGCUGCUUCUGAUUGGCGAUUCAGGGGUGGGCAAGUCUUGCCUCCUGCUUCGAUUUGCGGUAAAAACUAUCAGUGUUAUUGGCAUGUUGAUCAGUGUUCAGCUUUCAAUCAACGUUUGGAUACUGUGUGUCUGUCCGAGUUUGUUGAUAUAUAUGUUUUUUAAAUUAUGCAUUUCAGGAUGACACCUACACGGAAAGUUACAUAAGCACCAUCGGCGUGGACUUCAAAAUCCGAACUAUUGAAUUGGACGGCAAGACUAUCAAACUACAGAUUGUGAGUUGAAUCCAUCACUCCUGGCAGCUGUCGGAAAGUGUCAUUGCAGUUCAUGCUUGCAGCCAUGUAGUGUUUUAGCUAAUUAACGAAUUGUUUUUCUUGUCUUAUGUCUGUAGUGGGACACUGCUGGUCAGGAGCGGUUUCGCACCAUCACCUCCAGCUAUUACAGAGGAGCCCAUGGUAUCAUCAUUGUUUAUGAUGUAACAGAUCAGGUUAGUGACACCCCACCACAAAGAAGAUUCAUUAACAUCUAUGAGUUAAACAUUUAUUUAUUGACAACACGUAACUGAGAUAUUUUCUCUCUUUUCUAGGAGUCUUACAACAAUAUAAAGCAGUGGCUGCAGGAAAUUGACCGCUAUGCCAGCGAAAAUGUCAACAAGCUGCUGGUGGGUAACAAGUGUGACCUCACCACCAAGAAAGUUGUAGACUACACAACAGCCAAGGUGAGUCAACAGGAAACAUGUGGAAUCGGAUACAGAUUAACCACAGUAUUUGUAUAAAGUAUACUCUAGCCUUUGUACUAGUCGACAUGGUGAAUUAUCAACUCUUAGGACACACUGUGUUUUACUUGCAAUGGAAGCACUCUACUACCACAGUCAGACUGGUUAUUGACCUCUCUCACCCUCCUCAAACAGGAAUUUGCUGACUCCCUAUCCAUCCCCUUCCUCGAGACCAGUGCUAAGAACGCAACCAACGUGGAGCAAUCCUUCAUGACCAUGGCGGCCGAGAUUAAGAAGCGCAUGGGGCCCGGGGCCACGGCAGGAGGUGACAAGCCCAACCUGAAGAUUGACAGCACCCCAGUAAGGCAGUCUGGGGGAGGAUGCUGUUAGGACUGCCCUGCCCUCUCCUCUCACCUCCAGAGGCCCAGGGGUAGAGUGACAGUAUUAGGGUGGAGCUGACAGAACAGGAAACUAUGGUGAUGGAGGUGGUGGGAUCUUCAAGAACUGACUGACAUUUUUUUUUUCAUCUUGACCUAUGCCCAUAAUUUAGUGAGUGAGAAGGGUUUGUGCCCAAGGAGUAGUUUUUCCCCCCAAACACUCUCUUUUUAUUCACCAAUAUGCACAGAAUUGGAAACAUCUUCAUUGAAAAAUGUGGUUGGCAUUGCAAGGCAUAAAAAAUGUUUUUAGCUAAUCUAGCACUUUCCGUCUCUCACACAGACAUGUAUCUAUUUGUAGCACAGGCUGUUUAAACACACACAUACACACACAUACAUACAUAAGUGGUUGAAAGAAAUCAUGGAUGUUAUUUCAACUAUGGAUGACUAUAUAACUAUCCUUUAUGACUGCUGAUCAUUGAUGGUGUGAAGGUGAAAUAAGAGGAUCAUUGUGACAGUUAAACCAGAGGCUUUAUGGACACACCCCAGAGGAAAAAUAGUGAAGACAAGCUCCAUUUGUAUCAUCUGUCUAGCGGAAUUUAGAUUCAGAUUUGUAAGUUGUCAUUGGGCCCAUACACAUAAAGACUAUAUAUAGGUAGUAAUAGGGUUGCUGCUGGGAAGAAAGAUAAGGGUGAAGUAAAUAACAGGCUUUCCAUCAAAACAAUGUUCAGAAAGUGGGGACAACAUGGAGAAUGGAAAUCUACAAUCAUGGUGUCCACAUCUUUAAUGUCUGUUUUAAUCAUUGUUAUGUAAUACAUCAUAAUAUAUAAUAUUAUUACACGGUGGUUUUAUUACAGUGAUUUUGGUUUGUUUUCAUUCUCUGUUUUCUAAUCUAGGAAGUGUGUAAUCAAUAAGUAUGUUAUUGCUGUUUGAUGAAUGAGAGCAAAACCGAAGGCGAACGGCAUAUGGUUCUUUCUGUCUGGCGUGGUAGCUGGCUAUAAACAUGGGGGUUUUCAGGCAUGUCCAAUCCUUUAGCGUUUAGUUUGACCUCAUCUCAAGUCACAC